AACAACAACAACAACAACAACAACAACAACAACAACAACAACAACAACAACAACAAGGAGAAGAAGAUAUGGAAAUAGCUAGUGAAGCAGGAGAAACUGAAGAGGAGCAACAACACCAGCAACAACAAGGAGAACCAGAAGAAAUAGAACAUAUGGCAGUGUAUACUGGACCAGGAGUGAUAGUUACAAUUCUGGAAUAUAUGGCGAUAGCGGUACACAAAACACAACCUCCACAUCGGAAAUAA